AUGGUGACUUCUCUGGGCGAUGCGGAUCGGAAGAAACGCAUGACAGACCAGUUCCUAGAGCAUAUCAGCUACUCCAUUGUUAAGGAACAGCACAAGGGACUUGAUAUCCUGCAGGCUCUCUUGGUCUGCGUAUCCUGGUAUCACUUUCUGUUCAAAUCCGAAGAACAGCUGAGUAUCAUCAUGCACCUGGCUCUGGCCAUGCUGCAUAGUCUCGGACUCCAUCGAAGACCUGCUCCACCUAUUGGAAAACCACCGCAGCCUCGUGAGCAUGACAAUGCUCAUACCACAGAUGCACGGAGAGCCUACCUCGGGUGCUUUUAUAUCACCUGCGUGGCUGCAACGUGUGCCAAAGAUAUGGAUCCUCUUAGAUACACAAGCUACACUGAAGAAUGCUGUCGUGUUCUUGAGGAGCUGCAGGAAUAUCCUUCAGACAUGUAUCUUGCCCAGCUGGCGCGACUGAAUCGUAUGGCCCACAGGAUUGUUCAAACACUCCCCUUUGAUGCGUACAAUCCACCGGGCAUAGCUUCGUCGGAUUCGCUCCAAACGUGUGUCAAGGCUCUUGAAGCAGAAUUAAAGCAUUUGAAACGAUCUAGCGCGCAGUACCGCAUGCAGGACUCCAUCCUGGCAUUACAGUAUUACAGUCUGGAGAUCCUCUUAUACGAGUCCGCUCUGGAAGACGACUCCUCAGAGAGCGACCGGAAUACCACCAGGUUGCAUUAUGAUAUCCUUGACUCAGGCUUGACCUCAGCGAAAGACUUCUUCUCAACGUUCUCUUCAGUUGCGCCUCGGUGUUUCCUCUAUCUCCCAUACUGGGUCUACCAACAAUACUGUCACGCCGUCGAUGCAUUAUCAAAAUUUCUGGUCUUAGCAUGGAAGGAACGCAAUCAGAUCUACACACGUAUUACCAUCGACGUUCCAACGGCCGUCAGCAUGUUCAUUGCGGCAGCUAAAGAGGCAGUGCGGCUUCUUGAUGACGAAGAAUCACCACUCUGCGCGCAGAAAAUAAUUGAUUCACUCGUAUCGGGAGUGCGUGCAAUCGAGGAACUGCACGAAGCAAGACUUGCCGCUGCCCAAUCUUAUGACAACAAUAUGAUUGCUGCUAGCAGGAAUGCAGUACAAGAUGCGACAUUUGCGCUACCGCAUGGCAUGUCCUGGCAGUUUUUGGAAUCAGAAUAA